CUGUUUGCUGGUGUCGAUGCUUCCUUCAUUUGUUUAUAGCAGUGGUGCUUUCAUGCAGCUUUCACACAAAUAGUAGACAUGCAAAUCAUCUCAAUGGCUGAAAACAAAUCUUCCAAGAAAGAAGUGGCAGACCUGAAGGAACAUCAGGAGACGGACAUCGAAUGCGAUAGUUUGUAAAUAAAAACAACGCAGAGAGGCAACACACUAGUGUUCCAGUAUAUGAGUUCAUCCAAGAAAUCCCAGUGGGCAGGGCGGUGGAUGCAUGAGAAAUUACAGCAGGCGUGUCAAGAGGCAGACAUGUGAAACAGUCAGAGAAGGAGGCAGAUCAUGAAGAGGGCUGAUGUGUAAGGUCAGACGAAGAUGGGAGGCUUGAGGGGGCAGCUACUCAAUUUGAUGAUCGGGCUCCUGUUUCUGGCGAGCCUGCUGACCACUUUCAUGUGGUACAUGCUGGACAACAAAAAUGUGAAAAUUCACAGACACCUGCCCAAGAUGAAAAUCAUCCCCCGGUCUACUGAUUCCUGCAAAAACUGUGGAGAGAGUAUAAAGAAAGCAUUAGAUAUUUACUACAAAACUUGGAGAAAGCAGGAGGACAGUUUCAAAAAUUUUAGUCAGCAGCUGAGCAGCAGGUGCCAUGGGUUAGAUAAAGCCAUCAUUAGCCAAAUGAACACUCCACUGGGAUCGAAGCUUGUUUAUGAUGGGGAAAAGAAGAGGGCAGCUCAAAUAAAUGCAGAGCUCUUCAGCACCUUCCCAAAGGUUAGUCCUUUCUCAAACAAAACAAUGGCCUCUUGUGCCGUUGUUGGGAACGGCGGCAUCCUGGCAAACAGCCAAUGUGGCAAAAUGAUUGAUUCAGCGGAGUUUGUCAUCAGGUGUAACCUACCUCCUGUUUCAGACGGAUAUGAGAAACAUGUGGGUAGUAAGACAAACCUUGUGACAGUAAAUCCGAGUAUCCUCUUAGAUAAGUAUGGGUCUCUAAUGACACGCCGGCGUCCUUUUGUGGAGAAGCUGCGUAACUAUGGCGACUCCAUGAUGCUUCUUCCUGCCUUCUCCUUUGGCAUGAACACUCCUGUGUCUCUGCGGGCUUUCUACACCGUUGAGGACUUUAAAAGUCCCAUCCGGCCUCUCUUCCUGAACCCACAGUACCUGGAGAGUCUGGACGUCUUCUGGAAAUCUCAGGGCGUGAAGGCGCAACGGCUCAGCAGUGGCAUUAUGAUGAUCAGCCUGGCGCUGGAAAUUUGUGACAAUGUGCACCUGUACGGAUUCUGGCCCUUCAGUAUUCACCCACACAGCUUCCAAGACUUGAGUAACCAUUACUAUGAUGAUAAACAAGAUAAAAAGAACUUCCAUGCCAUGCCAACGGAGUUCAACCUACUGCUGAAACUGCACACCCAAGGUGUGUUGCAUCUACACUUGGGGGACUGUGAACCAGGUGAUUAUUAUUAGCCUUGGAGGAAGAUUUAAAAAAGAUCCAUCUAUCAAGACAUGUAAUCUUCUUUUGAAUGAAAGGUUUUAUGAUAAGAUAGAUGUCACACACCCAGUGGAAACAUAAGCUUUCUGUAAAUUGUGUGAAAUUCCACUGCCAAGACAUAGUUUAGUUUCUUGAAGAUUGGAAAACUUUGGAUAAUUUUUAUAUACAUAGAUUAUAUAAUGGUGACAAAAAACCCUGUCAAUGUCUACUCAGGUUUGUGCCUUUAAAGCAGUGGUUCUUAACCUUGUUUGAGGUACCGAACCCACCAGUUUCAUAUGCACAUUCACCGAACCCUUUAGUGAUAAAUCAAAUAUGAUUUUUUUCCAAAUUCAAGACAUAGGUAUAUGUUUUUUUACUGGUACACAAAAUGAACUGUGCAUGAACAUCACCUUCAUCAAAGAACAAAACCAACACAACUCACAACAAAUUACAUACCUGCAAAUCAGUGUGACUGGAUUAAAAUAUUAAGAAAGAAACCACACAACGUACGACUACGACAGUCACACAGUGACUACUGAGCACACUAAAUUCCCUGCAGUACUGAUUGGCCAAUUAAUGUAACGUGAUCAUCUGCAGCAAGUGAUGGCCAAGCGGGGCGUGUCAUCACAAAUUUACAUAAUGAGUCAGGUGUGUCUUGACCUCUGUGGCGGAGGCUCCGCCGAACCCCUGAAACCGACUCACCGAACCCCGGUUAAGAACCACUGCUUUAAAUGGAAUGUAUUAUGAAAAAUUUACAUUUUGCACAUUUUUGUACUUCCAUAUGGG